UCUUUCCCACCAGUCCCACAAAAAAAUUUCCCCUUCUUUCUUUGUUGGAAGCUUUGAGAGUGAAGAAGAAGAAGAAGUCUUCGAUUUCUCGCGUUUUCUCACGCCUUCCCAAUCAAAAGACGCAGGCCAAUUAGGAAAAAUGCCGAUAGAAAUGCCUAGAGGGUUACCAUUUUCAGUAGAUACAUGGAGUCCAAUUUCUAAGAGAAAGAGGCACCAUUUCUUGACUCAUGCCCAUAAAGAUCACUGCUCUGGGAUCUUAGCCCACUCUUCUUAUCCAAUUUACGCUACCCAUCUCACGAAAUCCCUUGUUCUCCAUUAUUAUCCCCAGCUUGAGGAUUCAUUGUUUGUGGAUAUUGAGGUGGGCCAGUCGGUGGUGAUUGAUGACCCCGAUGGGCAAUUCUCGGUUACAGCUUUUGAUGCGAAUCACUGCCCUGGAGCUGUGAUGUUCUUGUUUGAGGGAAAUUUUGGAAACAUCCUGCACACAGGAGAUUGCAGGCUCACUCCAGAGUGUCUACAGUGUUUUCCAGAGAAGUAUAUCAGCAAGAAAGGAAGAGAGCCUAGGUGCCAACUCGAUUAUGUUUUUCUAGACUGUACAUUUGGAAGAUUCCAUCAGAAACUUCCUAGCAAGAAUUCAGCAAGCCAACAGGUAAUCAAUUGUAUAUGGAAGCACCCUGCUGCAGCUCUGGUGUAUCUGACCUGUGAUCUUCUUGGUCAAGAGGAUAUAUUGGCUCAAGUGUCUCAAACUUUUGGUUCCAAAAUAUAUGUUGACAAAGCUGCCAAUCCGGAAUGCUUCCACGCUCUAACACUGACAGUUCCCCAAGUCAUCACUCAAGAUCCAUCUUCACGUUUCCACGUGUUUGAUGGAUUUCCUAAAUUGUAUGAACGAGCAGCUGCAAAGCUUGUGGAGGCACAAGCUAAUUCCCAGCCAGAGCCUCUGAUUAUUCGCCCUUCAGCGCAGUGGUAUGCGUGUGAGGAAGAUGAUUCAGGUGUUGAAAGUCAAAGAAAACUAAGAUUUAAGGAAGCAGUGAGGGACCAAUUUGGCGUUUGGCAUGUCUGUUACUCCAUGCAUUCUUCCAGGGAAGAACUAGAGUGGGCUCUGCAAUUGCUCGCACCUAAAUGGGUUGUUUCAACAACCCCCAGUUGCUGGGCUAUGGAGCUUGAUUAUGUAAGGAAGCGCUCCAUUGGCACGCAAUUAACUUCGGCUGAUCCUGUCUGGAAACUUUUGGACAUUAGUGUGGAAGCUUCUCCUGCAGCCGAUACCUUGGCCAGAGCCAUUGGUUAUUCUCCUAUAGUUAAGGGGGCUAAACAAAUUUCUGCAGAAUCUCAAUCACAACCGAUAAAAGUAUCUUCUAGCGGACUCUUGAGUUUGUCUCCUCCGAGCAAAAGGCCAGCAGUGACUUUAUUUGGUAGAGCUAGACUUGGUAUCCAAGAUUCUAAUUUCCCACCUGAGGAGAAACUUGCAUUCAUAAAUGAUCAACCUGCUCAAGAAUUCGCAGUCGAAGAGGAUACUGCAGUGAAACAUGAGAAUAAAUCUGAGAAAAAGCUAGAAAUUUGUGUUACUGAAGAAAAAUGUCAGGAAUCAGUGAAGAAACAUAAGGCUGCAUCUUAUUCCCCCAUUGGAUCAUCAAGAAACUUCAGUGAAACCUUGAAAAAUUUAUACAGAUCAAUGAAUGUGCCUGUGCCACGGCCUCUUCCCUCAUUGGUAGAACUUAGGGAUGCCAAUAAACGAAACAAGAGGAGAUUGAAUUUUAAUCAUACAUUUGUCUAACAAAAUAUUUAACCUCUUUGCGUUGACCAAGAGAAAUGGCAUAAAUCUUGCUUAUGGCAUGGUGGGCUUCUUUCUGUUUCAUCUACUCUUGCUGGACGUUGGAGGUCAAUGGCAAAGAGAUACAUGCAGUAAAUAGGAGGUGACCAGCUAUAGAAAAUAUGACAAUGCAUUUAUGUGAGUAUUCUAUGUUGAAGUAUUCAGCUUUGAUUUCAUGAUCAAGGCAUUUGUCAAUGCUGAUUCCUUCAUUGCAGCCAAUACAGCAAAUUGUUCGUUGGCUAUGGACUCACUGCGCCUCUACUCUACCUCCAAUAUGUAUCUUCUAUUUUUCUUUAGAUCAUUAUAUAACCAUUGCAUUUUUUCGUUC